AUGCAAAAUGAUAUGACACCAAAACCUAAUUCAAAUGAAACCAUCCAAAACAAACUAGUAUUGCCAGUAAUAAAUCCAUCAAAUAAUCCAGAAGUCCUAAUAUUUAACUUAAAUGAUAUAAAAUCAUUAAGAAAAUUAAAAAUUUUAGGUAUAUUAAUUGGAACAUUACAAAAUUUCCCACAACAAAAUUUAUUUUUAUCAAUUCCUUUGAAAAUUAAUAUAUAUGAUGUUAUAUGGUUAAUUAAAUAUAAUUAUGGAAUUUUAGUUGAUCAAUUAGCGUAUAGAAAUGAAAGAAGAAUUAAAAUUGAAUCAUUAAAUAAGAACGCAUCAAAUAUAUUUCAAAAAGAUUCAAUGAUAAUAACACCAGAUUCUGAAAAAGAUAGAGACUAUGAAUUAUUGAACAAGAAUCAAAUUUCACUUCAAACAUACUUGCAAAAUUAUUUAUCUAAUCAAUCCAAGAAAUCAUCAAUUAUAUCAUAUUAUCAUUAUUAUAAUUUUUUAAUAAAUAAAGGAUUUUUUAUAAAUCCAGGAUUAAAAUUUGGAGGAGAUUUUGUAAUAUAUCCUGGUGAUCCUUUGCGAUAUCAUUCUUAUUCAACUGUUAAAUUUGAAUUAUUAGAUUGUUUUGAUAUUAUAAGUGGUGGUAGAUUAGCUACUGGUGUUAAAAAAAAUUUAAUUUUUAUGGGUGAAAGAAGGGAGAAGAAGAAAAUAGAUAAUGACGAAGAUGAACAGAAGAGGGAAAAGGAGGAUGUUAUUGUUGAUGAUAAGUUUAUUGAGGAAUUGUUUGAUGAUGAAGUUCCUUUAUGUUUUUCAAUUGAAUGGGCUGGAUUUGGUUGA